AUGUCUGCACCAACAUCAUCUGAUCGAAAUCAAGAAUCACCAAAUAAUCCAUUAGGUGCACCUGGUGUAGAAGCUCAACAAAAACUUGGACAACAGGGAUCAUCAGAUUCCUCAGCACAUCAAUUGGGUGAAGGUGGUAGUGGACAACGUCAUUUACUUGGUGAAGACGGUAGUGGACGACGUCGUUUACUUGGUGAAGGCGGUAGUGGACAACAACAACAUAAACUUGGUCAAGAUGAAAGUGGACAACAUCAAAAUCAAUCUUAA